AGCCUCUCUCACACACACAACCAAUAAGGGUUGCACAGCAGCUGAUAACAGAAGAACUUUGAUCCGUUGGCAGGACUGAUUUGGAGGCUUGUCUCCCCAGCCCUGCCCAGUGUUAGCACCGACCUGUUGUCAAUCAGAGCUUCUCAGACCUGAGAGAGACCGAGAGACCAGGCUCCUGGACCCAAGCAGGGUUUGAAUCCCACACGCUCAUGAGAGAGGCCUUACCAGAAGGACAGAGCAAAGGAACCAGUGACAUCACAGUGACUAUCUAGCGGUCACGCCCAAAUAUCCACACACACUCACUGAAUGUGGACAGGAGUAUCCAGGAAUUCUUCUGCUGUCCAGGGUCAAGGCUUAUAUUCUAGUUUAUACAGCUGGAUCAGCUUCUGUUUUCACAACAUAGUCUGUUUGGUGUGAAGGUACCCCUGGAUGUGCCUACCUACACUUCCAUCUCUGUCCUUCAAACUAAAUGAUUGUUGGCCUGCUGACCUUUGGAUACUCAAUGACCUGAGGCUUCAGCACAGAGAGGAAAAACAAGGGACACUAUGACUUCAGAAAAGGAGACUUGCGUGACACGGAGUAAACCAGGAACGACAGAGCCCAGUACGCACCAGAACAAUGAAGAAAGACGGUAUUCUGACCAACCGUUGGUGAGCUGCCAGUGUAGCACCACCUCCAGCCCACCCCUCCGCCUGUACAGGAAGUUAUCUUGUGACUGUUUAGACGGGAAGUUUCUGGAAACAGGAUGUCGAAGCUGGGAUUACCGUUCUAGAACAGCUAGCUCUAUAACCUCCCACAGUGUCGCUUCUACACAGCACUGCAUGCAUUCCAGACAGCCCUGUGGGUCAAAUGACCUUACAAAUAGAGCCCGGAGCCACGGGACAGGGUUCUUGUGCAGUGAGUGUGGACUGGAUACUGUGUGUCAAGAAAUAGGUCCCGCUGUCCAGUGUUCUACUCCCCAGGGUUCCACAUCCCAUGGUUGUGCUCCUAAGGGUUCUAUACCCCGGGGUUCUACUGCUGGGACUGUGGAUAGUCCUCAGGCAGCAGCUGGUGGAAUGCCAGCAUGGAACUGCCCAGAGGGAAACUCCUGCAAAUUGGAAUGUAACAGCGCUGCUCUGGUGUCUCACAGGCCCAGCGCUCGUCCCAACUCCUGUCACUGCUCCAGCCCUGGCCCUUCUGCCUGCCCCUGCUUCACCGGCCCCAGUCCUAAACCCAGCCCCAGCCCCAAACCCAUAUUAAGCCCCAGACUCAAGCUCACCGCUCACCGUCGGAGCAGCUUGCCUGUGUCUCUGUUAUCAACUUGUCAUUCUCCCCAGGGAGACCCAGGCUCCCCAGGUACCUCUCCCAAGACUAGAGCUUCCCUCUGCAGGCAUGACGCCCGCAGACUCUGCCUGAGAGACGGCUACUCCAGCCUAGAGAGGCUGAACAGGAGGCCCAAGCCCAAGGUCUCCUCUGUGGAGAAACUCUUCCUCCGUCGGGCUUCCCUGGAAGCCACGACAGCUUCCAGGUCACCACUGGGGUCAUCACCUGGGGAAACAGUCAGCCCACCGAAAAGCGACAGUGAUGGAGGCCUGUCAGACAGUGAAUUUGUACGGAACAAGAAGGAACGCUCCACUGUUCUGGUCCGGAGGUUCUACAGGAACAACCAGAAGGUGAAGAAGUCUGUGUGUACUGGCACCAGAGCCAUCGUUAGGACUCUGCCCUCAGGGCACAUUUCUGACCAUGCCUGGGGGGUUGUUUGUAGAAGAACCUGGCGCCCCAGUGAGAAAGACAUUCAGCCAAUCAGAAAGCAUGGUGUGGAGGAUCUUGUUACCAGCCUGAAGGUCUGCAGAGCUCUGCUACGGUACCCUGGGGUCAGAUUCUCACAGAUCGGCCAUGUGCUGAAUGAGGAGGAGCAGCAGCCCCACCCCUGCAGGACGCUCCCGCUCUCCCCUGGGUGUGUGUGUCUGAGGGUGGCAUGGCCACCUCCCUGCCCUGGACCCUGGCACUGUCCCUUUCAACCUAGGUUCUACCGUGCCAGCUCACAGAGAACAUCUGUGAGCUCACACCUGACUGGUGCCCUGCUGGAGGCUACUACUGCCCUCGGUGCCCGCUCCGCUCUGCCCUGUGUCCCUGUGGGCUCCACUGGUCAGGCGAUGCUCAAAGAGAGAGAGAUAAAGCCAACCGUCAGUAGGAGUAACAGCCUCCCCCCCAGCGUGACGGGCAUCAGUAAGGAGCUGGCCGACCUGCGUCACCUGGUCCAGUUCCCGGAGGAGAUCGCCGCCAUCCUGACGGACCAGGAGCAGCGGCUGUAUCGCCGCGUCUUCCCCCUCGACUACCUCUGCUUCCUGACCCACGACCUGGGCAGCCCCGAGCUCCCCGGGGGGCGACGCCAUCCCAACCUGAAGGCCUCGCUCUCCGCCCCCGCCAUGCCCACCCAGAAUGCCCGGCGCAACGCCGUCGAGGACCUGGUCACCCGCUUCAACGAGGUGAGCUCGUGGGUGACAUGGCUGGUGCUGACGGCAGGCUCCAUGGAGGAGAAGAGGGAGGUGUUUUCCUACCUGGUCCAUGUGGCCAAGUGCUGUUGGAACACGGGCAACUACAACGCCGUCAUGGAGUUCCUGGCUGGGCUUAGGUCUCGUAAGGUUCUGAAGAUGUGGCAGUUCAUGGACCAGGGGGACAUUGAGACCAUGCGGAGCCUGAAGGAUGCCAUGGCGCAGCACGAGUCCUCCUCCGAGUACAAGAAAGUGGUGACCCGCGCACUCAAUAUCCCAGGGUGCAAAGUAGUGCCGUUCUGCGGCGUCUUCCUGAAGGAGCUGAGCGACGCGCUGGACGGAACCGCCAGCAUCAUCAGUCUGCGCCCACCCAGCGAUCACAACGAUGACUCGCUGGAGUUCGUAACGGACUACAGCGGCCAGCAGCACUUCCUGCAGAGGGUGGGGCCAGAUGGGCUGCACAGCCAGGAAAAGGAAGCGACGGUCAGCAACAUCCUGCAGAUCAUUCGAAGCUGCAACCGCAGCCUGGAGGCGGAAGAAGGGGAGGACACGCCUCUAAAAGAUGGCGUGGGGUCCCGCAAGAACUCUUUUCGGGACAGGAACAAGCACCAGUUUGUGGUGGGGGACCUGUCUGACUCGGAGGGGGACCUGACAGAUCCUCAGGGGAAGAUAGAGGUGGAGUUCCAGGGCACUGAGGAGACCCAUCAGGCCUUCAGCCACAGCACAGAGCUCAUCCCCUGGUAUGUGCUGUCCCUCCAGCCGGACGUGCACCAGUUCCUCCUGCAGGGGGCCACCGUCAUCCACUACGACCAGGAGAGCCACCUGACCGCCCGCUGUCUGCUCCGACUACAGCCAGACAAUGUCACCCUGACCUGGGCCAAGCCACAGAGUGGAGGCCCUUCCCCCCCGGAGCCCCCAGCCCUGGGACAGCCGGUGGUCAGUGGGCUGGCAGAGGGGCUGCUGGACCUGGGAGUGGUGAAGGCGGUGUUCCUCGGCCACUCCGGGGUGGACGUUCACGCCGUGUGUCUGCAGAACAAGCUGAGUCACAUGACCUGCGAGGAAAACGGCCUGAGCCUGCUGUACGGCCUCUCCACCACCGACAACCGCCUUCUGCACUUCAUGGCGCCCAAUCACACGGCCCGCAUGCUUUACGAGGGCUUGUCUGAGCUAGUCAGUGCCAUGAGGAAGCUGAAAAAGUUCCCCGACCAGAGACUGACCUGGCUUAGGAGACAGUACGUCAGCCUGUACCAGGAGGAGGGGAGGUUCGAGGGCCCCACCCUGGCCCAGGCCAUCGAGCUGUUCGGUGGGCGUCGGUGGAACAUGGGCACUGGUGGUUCGGAGAGGGCCGGUGCCCAGAAGAACAGCCCCCUGGGUAUGAAUACCAACACCAAGAAGAAGAAGAAGGCUCCCAUCAGGGCAGACAGUGGAGAUGCUACUGAUGAUGAGAUGAUCUCCAGGAAGACCAGGAGCUGUAAGGAGAGCCUGGGUCGGAACGGACCGGACCUGUCAGACAGCAUAGACCAGGAGGAGCCAGAGGGCUGUUCCCUGGGCUUUCCCGGACCCUUCCCCCUCUCCACCAGUAAGACCCCUACAUCCCUGACGUCCUCCGCCUCUUCCUCCUCCUCCUCCUCCUCCUCCUCCAGCAUGGGGAGCACCAGUGCCUCCCGUCCCCACUCCUCUCCCAUCCUGUCGGGCAGCUCCAAGGCCCAGCCAGGAGCGUGGAGCAGCAAGAGCUGGCACGGCCGGGGGAAAGGCUGCUUCAAAGGCUUCCAGAACCUCAUGAUCUCGGACAGCACCAUGAGCUUCAUCGAGUUUGUCGAGCUCUUCAAGUCCUUCAGCAUUCGGAGCAGGAAGGACCUGAAGGAGUUGUUUGACACCCACGCAGUACCCUGCAGUCGCUCAGGCCCCGACUCUGCUCCUCUCUACACCAGCCUCCACAUCGAUGACAAGGACACAGGCCUGCAGCCAGACCUGGACCUGCUCACUCGUAAUGGUUCAGACCUAGGACUGUUUAUCAGGACGCGCCAGCAGAUGUCCGAAAACCAGAAGCAGAUCUCCGACGCCAUCGCGGCGGCCAGCAUCGUCACCAACGGCACUGGUGUGGAGAACGCCUCGCUAGGUGUGCUGGGAUUGGCUAUCCCCCAGCUCAACGACUUCCUGGUCAACUGUCAGAGAGAACACCUGACGUAUGACGAGAUUCUCAGCAUCAUCCAGAAAUUUGAGCCAUCCGCAAGCAUGCGUCAAAUGGGUUGGAUGUCCUUUGAGGGAUUUGCCAGGUUUCUGAUGGACAAGGAUAACUUUGCCUCAAGGAACGAGGAGUCUCAGGUGAAGGUGGAGGAGCUCCAGUACCCCAUGUCAUACUACUACAUUGAGUCCUCCCACAACACCUACCUGACUGGGCACCAGCUGAAGGGGGAAUCCUCUGUGGAGCUCUACAGUCAGGUGCUGCUACAAGGCUGCCGGAGUGUGGAGCUGGACUGUUGGGAUGGAGACGAUGGGAUGCCUAUCAUCUACCAUGGACACACCCUCACUACCAAGAUCCCCUUCAAAGAUGUGGUUGAGGCUGUGAACCGCGCCGCGUUCCUCUGCUCCGACAUGCCCGUUAUCCUGUCCAUCGAAAACCACUGCUCCCUCCCCCAGCAACGCAAGAUGGCCGAAAUCUUUAAGGCGGUCUUCGGGGAGCGUCUGGUGACCAGGUUCCUGUUUGAGAGCGACUUCUCAGAUGACCCUCUGCUCCCCUCGCCCCUCCAGCUCCGGGGCAAGAUCCUCCUGAAAAACAAGAAGCUGAAGGCCCACCAGGCCCCUGUAGACAUCCUCAAGCAGAAGGCUCACCAGCUGGCACACAUGCAGGCCCAGGCUAGCAACGGGACACCGGGGGGAAGCUCCCCUGGCAACCAUGCCAACGAGGAGGAGGAGGAGGAGGAAGACGAGUAUGACUACGACUAUGAAUCUCUGUCUGAUGACAACAUCCUUGAGGACAAGCCUGAUGGGAAGUCCUCGGGGGACAAGGAGGAGCCCCCCAGUGACGAGAUGCCCAAGAGGAUGAAGAAAGCAGACAACGCCACCCAGAGCAAAGGAAAGGUGUUUGACAUGGAGCUGGGAGAAGAGUUCUACCUCCCUCACAACAAGAAGGAGAGUCGCCAGAUCGCCCAGGAGCUCUCUGACCUCAUCAUCUACUGCCAGGCCGUCAAAUUCCCAGGCCUGUCCACGCUCUCCCCUUCGGGCUCUGGCAGAGGGAAAGACAGAGGGAAGAGCAGGAAGUCCAUAUUUGGUACAGCUCCUGGUCGCUGCACCCCCGGGGAGGCGGGGUCUCAGGGUCGGACCCAAGGGAAGGGUGGCGCCGAGGGCCAGCGCCUGAGCUGGGAGGAGCAGACGUCGCCCGUCCUCCACCCCAACACCUCCUUGAGUGCCAUAAUCCGCACUCCAAAGUGCUACCACAUCUCCUCCGUCAACGAAAACGCAGCCAAGCGUCUAUGCCGCCGUUACUCCCAGAAGCUGAUUCAGCACACCACCUGCCAGCUCCUCAGGACCUACCCAGCCGCCACACGCAUCGACUCAGCCAACCCCAACCCCCUGCCCUUCUGGCUGCACGGCAUCCAGCUGGUGGCGCUCAACUACCAGACAGAUGACCAGUCCAUGCAUCUGAACACGGCGCUGUUCGAGGCUAACGGGGGCUGUGGCUACGUCCUGAAGCCCCAGGUGCUGUGGGACCGCAGCUGUCCCCUCUACCAGCAGCUCUGCCCCCUCGAGAGGGACAUGGAGAGCAUGCACCCCACCGUGUACUCUCUCACGAUCAUUUCUGGUCAGAACGUGUGCCCGGGGAACAGUGCGGGCAGCCCGUGUGUGGAGGUGGACAUCCUGGGCAUGCCCGUGGACAGCUGUCACUUCCGCACCAAGCCCAUCCACCGCAACACCCUCAACCCCAUGUGGAGCGAGCACUUCCUGUUCUCCGUGCACUUCCAGGAGAUGUGCUUUGUAAGGAUCGCCGUGGUGGAGAACAACAGCUCCCAGACCACCGCGCAGAGGACCCUGCCCCUGCGCGCUCUCAAACCAGGCUACAGGCACAUCCAGCUGAGGACACAACACAACGAGCCUCUGGAGGUGUCCAGCCUGUUCAUCUACAGCCGCCGGAUCGAGGAGAGUCCAUCAGGGGGAGCCCUGUGCUCAGCCAUGUUGUUUAGUUCAGAGGAGCAGAGAGCAGCACAGCAGCACAGGAUCACAGUACAUGGUGUACCAGGACCCGCACCUUUCACAGUGCUGUCUGUGAACGAGCAGACCACUGCCAGACAGCUAUUAGAUACGAUAUCAUCAUCUACAGGAAGUACCAGUGACUACUUCCUGUGUGAGGAGAAGGUGCCUCUGUGUAAAGGGCGAUGUGCUCAGCUGCGCCCCCUAGCUCCCGAGGAGGAUGUUGUCAGGCUGGUGAACAGCUGGCCGCCAGAAGAAGGCUACUUGGGCAGGCUUUGCCUCAAGACCAGGGAAGAGAAGCUGAAUGAGAAGAACACAGUGAUGGAGGGAGUGGAGGAGGUGAGUGUGGGAGGAGGAGGAAGAGGAGAGGACGACACCUUCUUCGUCCAGGUGCAUGACGUUUCCCCGGAGCAGCCUCACACGGUGAUCAAGGCUCCUCGCUACAGCACGGCCCAGGACAUCAUCCAGCAGACACUAAGCAAAGCUAAGUACUCAUGCAGUAUCCUCAACAACCCCAACCCCAGUGACUACGUUCUAAUGGAGGAGGUUGCUAAGGAGGUUGGCCCGAAGAAGUCGUCAGCGCCCAAGCCCCUCCAGCGCGUCCUAUUGGACCACGAGUGUGUCUUUCAGGCCCAGAGUCGUUGGAGGGGGGCGGGCAAGUUCAUCCUCAAGCUCAAGGAACAGAUGGUGCGUGAGGACAAGAGGAAGGGGAUGUCGUUCGCCAGCGAGCUGAAGAAGCUGACCAGUCGCAGCAGGAGCGUGACGAGCGGGGCGGCGGGCAGCCUGACGCUAGCCACGGCGAGCCAGGAGAGCUCCGCCCACAGAUCUCUCUCAGCGGGACUGAAGGCGUGGGUUGCGGAGGGGAGACUCCUUGGGGGUGACCCCACCUCUCUGACCCCUCCCACCUGGUCCCUCCCCCUCCUCAGGAACUGGAAGAUCCACAAAUGAAUCCUGGACUCACGCCCCUUCCUCCUAACCAACCAACCAGAGCACCUCAGAGCACUCCUGAGGAUUCGCUCCUCGCCUAACCCCCUCACCUGAGUGGAGGACAGGAUUCUGCCCAGGUCUGGAUUUCUGCUUGGCUGCCUGUCUGAGAGAUGAGCAACUUGGAAGGAGUGGCAAGCCUUUGAUUGAGACGGUUGGUCCUGGUGGUGGUUAGCCAGUGGUUCUUCUUACCCCACCUGCAGGAUUGGACACCCUGACACAGGCUGCAUGGAGGAUAUGAUCUAGAAGCAGCUACCCUAGAGUAGCCCAGCCUGGUUAAUUGUUUUUAAUGGGAUCUCCAUAACGGGAGCGCCUCCCUUUGGGGUUAGCCUUAUUAGCUAGAGUGAGUUUAAAAAAGAGCUUGGAGCUAUGAGGUAAAAAAAAAUUGGCCACAUCCAUGCAGGUCUAUGUGACAGCAGGUGGUGUGGUCUGUUGGUAAGCGGCCAUAUUGAAGCCAGAGAAUUUAGUCAAGGGAUGAAACAAGAGGAGUAGAGAGGGUGCUUAGCCUCCUACUUCUCUCCAUCCCUCUCUUGUCUCGUGGUCAGGACUAGGGCAUGGGGAAGUUGGCCAACAAGCUGGCUUGUUUGAUUCUUCUACAUGUGACCUUGUCUUCGCAGUACUGUAAUUUCUUU